AUGCCUGGCUCGCUGCAGGCCUCUGUCGCUGCUGCUGAGCCAGGCAGCACCCUGACCCAGGAGGAGACCGAGUGGGACACUGAGGAGGACCUCUGCUGCCCUGACAACUCAUCCGGGCUUCCAGAGCCACCAGCCAUGCCAGACACAGAGGAGCUGCUGGGACUACCACUAGCUGUAUAUCCCGUUGAGAUUGAGGAUGACCCCGCAGGAUCCAAGGAGAGGGUAGGAGGAAGCCCAGGGACAGCCGACUAUAGUCUGGCUGUGCUGCUGCCUGUACCCAGCAUUGUGCCUCCCCUAAAAAUGAACGAUCAGGAAACAAUUGAUUUCGCAGCCUGUCCAUGUGUGUUUUAUGAAGUUGUUCAGAGCGCCCCUCGAGUGGAGGAAAACGUUCAAGUGGAUUCACACCUAUACAGUCACAGGUGGAAAAGGCACUCAGAGUCUCUCAAAUCAGUCGAUACUAACAGAGCCAGCAUGGGGCAGGAUUCCUCAGAGCCCGGGGGCUUCACAGACCUACUACUUGACGAGGGACAUGACAACACCACACAGAUUGAGGAGGAUACAGAUCAUAAUUAUUAUACUUCCAGGACAUACGGCCCAUUUGAUUCUAUCAGCCGGGAUUUGUGGGUGAACAUAGACCAAAUGGAAAAAGACAAAGUGAAGAUCCACGGGAUUCUGUCCAAUACCCAUCGGCAAGCAGCAAGAGUGAAUCUGUCCUUCGAUUUUCCAUUUUAUGGACAUUUCCUACGUGAAAUUACUGUGGCAACUGGGGGUUUCAUAUAUACUGGAGAAGUUGUGCAUCGAAUGCUAACAGCUACGCAAUACAUUGCACCCUUGAUGGCAAAUUUUGACCCCAGUGUGUCAAGGAAUUCAACAGUGAGAUACUUUGAUAAUGGCACAGCGCUUGUUGUCCAAUGGGAUCAUGUACAUCUGCAGGAUAAUUACAACCUAGGCAGUUUCACUUUUCAGGCUACCCUUCUCAAUGAUGGGCGUAUCAUUUUUGGAUAUAAAGAAAUUCCUGUCUCAGUGACACAGAUAAGUUCAACCAAUCACCCAGUGAAAGUGGGACUGUCGGAUGCAUUUGUGGUGGUGCAUAGGAUCCAGCAAAUUCCCAAUGUCCGUAGAAGAACAAUUUAUGAAUACCACAGGGUGGAGCUACAGAUGUCAAAGAUUACCAAUCUGUCAGCUGUUGAGAUGAUACCUCUACCUACCUGUCUCCAGUUUAACAGCUGUGGUCCCUGUGUCACUGCCCAGAUUGGCUUCAACUGCAGCUGGUGUAAUAAACUCCAAAGAUGCUCGAGUGGAUUUGAUCGCCACCGGCAAGAUUGGGUAGACAGUGGCUGCCCUGAAGAGUCGAAAGAUAAGGUCUGUGAGAAGAAUGUGGACACAACUGAGAAGCCCCCUCAUACCACCACUUCCCUCCAGCCAACUACCACGAGGUUCAGAGUUUUAACCACCACCAAAGGAGCCACUACAUCCCACCUGCCAACCAGCCUGCCCACAGAAGAUGAUACCAAGAUAGCACUGCACCUAAAAGAUAAUGGAGCCUCUACAGAUGAUAGUGCUGCAGAGAAGAAAGGUGGAACUCUCCAUGCUGGUUUAAUUGUUGGAAUUCUGAUAUUGGUCCUCAUUGUAGCAGCAGCCAUCCUUGUGACAGUCUAUAUGUACCAUCAUCCAACGUCAGCAGCUAGUCUCUUCUUUAUUGAGCGCCGCCCAAGCAGAUGGCCUGCAAUGAAAUUUCGAAGAGGCUCGGGACAUCCUGCGUAUGCUGAAGUGGAACCAGUUGGAGAAAAAGAAGGCUUCAUUGUAUCAGAGCAGUGCUAA